AUGCCCCUGGCUGCGACCCGACCGACCGGCCCGGAAAAACCCGCCAAAAGGCGGAAUGUCAUCUCGCGUGGCCGCACAGGCUGUUUGACUUGUCGGCGGCGGCGCUUGCGCUGUGAUGAAGCGAAGCCCAGUUGCAAUAAUUGCAAACGCACGAACCUUGAAUGUGAAGGCUAUGCCCAGCGAAUUGCCUUUCGAGAUCAGACCAGCCUCGUCGUUCAACGAGCCCAAAGCAAAUCUUCGAAGAAAGCGCGGCAGAGUGACACCAAGGGCAAGAGUGAUGGAGCUUCCCAUGGGACCCGGGCUCCCACGGACGGGGUUAAUGUAGACCGUCGCGGGUCGGGCACUCCAGCGUCGUCACAUAGUGCCGAUGGGGUCUUGAACAUCAUAGCGUGGAACAGUGUCGACUCCUAUGCGACAGUGCCCCGAGAGUCUCGGUCGCAAGAUGUGCCAUCUGAUUCUGAGGAGAGUUACGCUCAUCAAGAUGAUGCAACUGCACGCUCCUCUUCGUCCUCGUCACCAGAAUACAUUCCGUCACCGGAGAGUGGAGUGUCGAAUGCAUCGAUGAGCCUCAUGGGCGCCUUCGAGUUUCCAGAGGAUUAUACAUAUUAUGAGUAUUCCAUCAGUCGGAGCUUUGCGAGUCUUAAUCGGGUUUUCCAGGCGUCAGACAUCUUAAAGUCAGAGCCCAUGUCGUCACAUGUGUACGACGCCGCCAUGGCGUUGGCCGCACUCAACCUCUCAACCAUGGAGGUCUACCCUCGAGGAUCGAUGCAUCUCCGUCGCCACGCUUUCCACCACAGUCUUAAAGCGGUUCAGGGGAUACGUGUCGAUCUCGCGUCUCCGCGGACGGCCACGGGGUUGGUUCGCUCGACCGAUGUUGACACGUCAUUCUCGCUCUUUGCAACCAUCAUGCUACUCUCCAAUUUUGAGCUGCAGCGGGGUUGUCUGUUGUCCUGGCGGUCGCACAUGCGGGGCGCUGCAUCAUGUCUGGCUGGCUGGUACAAAGACAUCGCGAAGAAAACCGCGGGGAUGCUCAUGAUCAAGUCUUUUGCACGGAUGGCACUCCUACUGCGGCUGUAUAACCAAGAUUAUUCCGUCACCACGUCCGAUAUCAUGCCGUCCAAGCUGGCUGAUUGGUUAAAUAUGCUCCUCAGACGCUCGACUCAGAUGCAAGACCGGCUCUUGCUCCUCGUCGAGGAGGUGACGCUCCUAGAGAUCCAGAAACGCCAAGAGCCCGCCCUGGACGAGAAAUGGACCCUCCAAAGUGCCGUCCUGCUUGCCAACCUAGAUGCAUGGUGGAAGGAUUUGUCCGCAUCGGAGCGCCCCGAGGAUGACCUUUCCAGCGGCGCAUAUUUGACCAUCUCAUCGCUGGACCCGUCCACCGGUACGCCAAGCCUCCUGCGGGUUCCAUCCCUCUCUUUUCCGCACUCAUCUGAUCCCUGCGCGGCUGCGGUCAACUACGCCGCAUAUCUCUGUACCGGAAUGCGGGCACGCACCCGCUACGUGCCUGGCCUGGGGCGGCUCUUGCCUCCGGACGCCGAGGAAGUAGCCCUGACCAUCUGCCGAAUCGCGGCGGGGAUCUCACCGGUCCUAUUCGGUCAAGCCUUCACAUACAGCUAUGGCAUGCUACCGUCAGUGGUCGGGGCGUACCGCUGGUCGAGCAAUACGGGCCUACGCGAAUGGGUCAAGGACUGGCUGCGCCGGUACCAGGGCUCAAGGGAGGGGAUCUGGAACGUGAGCCAAACACUGCGCAUCCUCGCCGCCAUGGAGCAGGCCGAGCAGGCCGAGAGCCCAUCCAUAACGUGGCAGCUAGUCACGGCACGGGUCGUUGACGAGGAGCAAGAUCCCUCACCAGACCUGGAGGAGACGGACAGCAGUAGAAAGCGAUUCAAACUCAUGAUCCGCAAGAAAACCCAAGAGGGGGCGGACUGUACCAACAUCAUUACGAUCGAGUAA